CCUCUCUAGUCUUCACACUCCAGGCCGGCUCGGUGGUGCUGGGUGGGCAGCAACUCUGUCCAGGACCUUUACUGAGAACCCAGAAAGAAAUACGUCACAGUUCAGAGGUCACCGGGAACUGUCAUGGCAGCGCUGUGGUGGAGCCGCGUGGUGGCCGCUCAGGGCCGUUUCUUGCGACUGCAUCUCUCAGCCCGUCAAUGUCACAAUGUCGGUACUAGCACGGAGAGUGAGAGCGGUAGUUCUUCCCCAGCGGAACCGGAAAAACGGCUGGGUGGCUUUGCAAGUGCCUUGGAACGCCACUCGAAGUUGCAGCAGGAGGCGGAGCCCCGGCAGGUGAGCGACAACCCCAGGAAUGUGAAAUCCUUCGCAUCUCUGCUGAGACAUUCUCCUCAUCAGAUGGGACCUGCAAAAGAUAAAAUAGUCUUUGGACGAAUCUUCCAUGUUGUAGAGAAUGACCUUUAUAUAGAUUUUGGUGGCAAGUUUUCAUUGGUAUGCAAAAGACCAGAAUCAGAUGGAGAAAAAUAUCAGAAAGGAGUCAGAGUACGCCUGCGACUGUUGGAUCUUGAACUCACAUCCAGGUUCUUGGGAGCAAAAACAGAUACAACUUUACUAGAAGCCGAUGCUGUGCUUUUGGGAAUCCAUGAUGGUAGAGACACAAAGUCAAAGGAAGAAAGUUCAAAAGACAAAUAAACUUUGGUGAUUUCAAAAGUUCAGAGACCAUUUGUUAAACUCAGAUAUUCAUCAAAUGUGUAAUUAGUACAAUGCACUGGGAAUGAAGAAAUUAUUAUAAGAUGCAAAUCUGCAUAAAUAAAAGCUGUAAUUGCAA